CUGCGCACGAGAAUCAUAGCGCCGAAUGAUGGACGGCUCCUUCAAGUAGUCAUAAAUCAGCCCGUUUCAUUUGUCACAGCCACUGGGCUUGAACAAUACUUAGAAGCAGACAAAGCUCACCAAAUGUCUCCAGGCUUGCCGCUUAUACGUUUUGCUCUGGUGAAAGACGAAAUUGGGCUGUACAAACAUUUUGUAUUGACAGUCCACCAUGCACUUUACGACGGAUGGUCUAUGCGUCUUAUACUUGAUUCAGUUGAAAAGGUUUAUCAUGGCUGGAAUCUGAAUUCACACCCUAGAUUCAACGGCUUUAUUGAUUAUGUAUAUCAACAGAAUGCAGAGUUGGUCAAAUCAUACUGGCUAGGUUUCUUAGACGGCUAUAACGGGACGCCGUUUCCUCCGAUGGCUCCAACGGUAUCCCAGUCUUCAAUAGAUACAAGGUUUCGAUGGGGCAUUUCAGUUCCCAAUAUGGUAAAGCUCAAGGUUACCAUGUCUUCGCUAAUCCGGGCUGCAUGGGCCUUGACUGUUGGUCGUUGGGUCGAUGCCAACGAUAUUGUAUUUGGUGUUCUGCUCUCCGGACGAAAUGCGCCAAUACCUGAUAUUGAGAAAAUGGCUGCCCCGACUAUUGCUACUGUUCCAGUGAGAGUC